UUCGUCAUUGUCGGAAACUCUGGAAAGAAGAUCUCUUUGGAACACGCCAGCCAUCCUUGCCCCAAAUGCAAAGCCGAUGCCUCUGUCCAACUCACACGCUCUGAAAAGCAACUGAUUGUCCUCAACAAGCGCAUUGCGAACAACAUGCGUGUGCGCUAUGAAUGCUCCAAGUGCAACUGGAAGAACGAGGAGCUGCCUUACGACAACGCCAUGCUGACCGAGCUCGAACACUACUUGGCACAGACGCCCGAUGAAGAA